AUGACUACCUCUAGCACGUCCUUUGAUCCUCGCACCCAGCUAAUUCCAAAUUUGGUCGAUCAUUAUGCUGACGCCAAACCUGAUGCUAUCUAUGCCGAAUACCCUGUCAACCCAAUGAGUUACGAUGAGGGGUACAAGGUCAUUACUUACAAAACGCUCGCCAACGCCAUAAACGGCAUCGCGCACUGGUUGACGAAGAGCUUAGGCCCAGGUCAUGGAGAGAUACUGGCUUACCUGGGUCCGAAUGACCUUCGAUACCCAGCCUUGGUUCUGGGUGCUGUUAAAGCCGGUUACUGCAUGUUUUUAACCUCGCCCCGUAAUAGUACAGAAGCACAUCGUUCGCUACUGGGGAAACUAAAUUGUACCACGUUGUUGGCCCCCGUACCACGCCCCCCUUUCGCGCAAGCUAUCGUGGAGGCCAUCCCGGGGCCGUUCAAUGUCAUGGGUGUUCCCAGCUUGGACGACCUUUUGACGACCGAGUACCCACCAUUCGAGUACCACAAGGUAUAUCCUGAUGAUGCCUCCGAUCGCCUUGUCGUGCUUCACACUUCCGGGUCUACAGGGACUCCCAAACCCAUUAUCUGGACCCUUGAGAGUGCGGUGAAGCAUAUGCAUAUGCAAAGAUUAGACAUCCCCGCGGGAUAUGAGGGCCAGGACAGGAAAGGGUUUGGGAAGAGAAUGUAUUUGACAAUGCCUCCCUUUCAUGCGGCUGGAAUCGGCCAUCUUCUCGUCGUUACGAUGCCUGUCGAUGUGACACUCAUUAUGCCGACCGCGACUGGCCUUCCUACUGCUGCUAACCUUGUGGCUGCGAGAAAACAGACGCCAUUCGAAUGGGCCAUGGUCGUGCCAUCGAUUAUACAGGAGCUGGCACAAGAUGCUGAGGCUCUCGAAUACAGUAGCACUCACCUGGAGUACGUUAUCUACGCCGGGGGCGACCUGCCCCAAGCGAUUGGAGAUAUAGUCGCGGCUAAGAUACCACUGAUGAACGGAUUUGGUUCGUCAGAGCUUGGGAUCCUCAAUGUGAUCCACUCACCAAACCGGGAUCCCUUGACAGAGUGGCGGUAUCUCCAAUUUCACCCUGAGUUGGGAGUUGAGCACCGGCAUAUCUCUGGAGGUGAAUAUGAGGCGGUGUUGGUGCGUAGUCCGGAGCGCGAAGGUCAUCAGUUUCCAUUCUCUAUCUUCGCUGAUCGACAAGAAUUUAGAACGAAUGACCUGAUGGUUCCUCAUCCUACGAAGGCUGGCCUUUGGCGCCCUUCCUCUCGAUUAGAUGAUAUCAUUGUCUUUCUCAAUGGAGAAAAAACGAAUCCUGUAUCGAUGGAACAGCAUAUUGUCGCCGCUAAUUCUGAGGUUACUGGAUGCCUUGUCGUUGGUGCCCAACGCUUCCAGGCUGCUCUCCUCGUGGAGCUGGAUAGCAAGUCCCUUCGUGACGACUACGCUGCAAUUGAGAAACUCUGGCCUAGCAUAGAGGAGGCAAACAUCCCGGCGCCCGCUCAUGCCCGGAUCGCCAAAAGCCAUAUUCUAUUCACCUCGCCCGAGAAGCCCAUGCUUCGUGCGGCCAAAGGAACCAUACAACGCGCUAGUACGCUAAAAGUUUAUGCGCGAGAGAUCGAGAAAGUCUAUACUGAUGCAGACGAGUUCUCUCCGCUUGGUACGAGAGACCUACCCGGGCCAGGUGGGGUGGAUGACGUUCCACAGGUGACGGAAUUCAUCAGGGAAUCUAUUCUCAAGAUCACAGGGUGGAAUGCGGAGAAGUUUUCUGACGGAGAGAAUUGGUUUAAUCUUGGCUUUGACUCUCUACAAGCUAUUACAGCUACCCGUGUGCUGAAGCAGGGUCUCAACCUUCCGAAUCUCACUCCAAAUGUGAUAUACAUGCAUCCAACGAUUACGGGUCUAACCCAUGCGCUUCUCCAUCAAGGCCACGGAGACCCGAGCGAGACUAAAAGUCAGGGUCUGAUGCGUGAGCGGGAUGAGCUGUUGCAGGAGUUUAUUGGACAGAUUGAAGCCCCUAACGUACAUUGCUCUAAAGCAGUCAACACUCAGACCGUUAUUUUGACCGGAUCCACCGGGCAGCUGGGUACAUAUCUCCUCGAUACACUGUUGAAGACCCCCAGUGUGAAGCAUGUAUACUGCUUGAAUCGUGCCGACCGCGCUCGCGACCGACAGCAGGAACGUGUGGCUACCUACGGACUGGACUCCGUGAUUGAAGGACGGGUAACAUUCUGGCAAGCGGAUCUCAGCCAGGCAGGCUUCGGGUUGCAACCCGAACAGCUCAAACAGCUAAAGCAGACAGCGAGGCUAGUAAUACACAAUGCCUGGGCGGUCAACUUCAACUUAUCGCUAGCUUCAUUCAAACCACAACUGGCAGGCGUGGUCAAUCUCAUCAAUUUCACCGGCCAAGCUAGCCAUGCUCCGCGGCUAUUCUUUAUUUCCUCGAUCAGCUCCACCAUGGGCUACGGCGGCAUCAAUGAUGGCCUCAUGCCUGAAACAGUCAUCAAAACCACAAUACCAGCUCCGAACGGCUACGCCAACAGUAAGUAUAUAGCGGAGCAUCUGCUAGCACACGCAGCACAACAAGGCUACAACCCUGCCUUCGCCCGCGUAGGUCAGGUUGCAGGACCGAUACGUUCUCAUGGACUAUGGAGCAAAUCAGAGUGGUUCCCCAGUCUAGUGCUCAGUUCGUUGCACCUGAGCGCUCUCCCAGAAACUAUAGGUCAAGCUCUAGACCGUGUCGACUGGGUGCCCGUCGACCUUCUCGCUGAGAUCCUAGUCGACUUAUCCCUUCUCCAAAGCCCGGGAGUCAGCGUCUACCACCCGAUAAACCUACACCCGCAAUCCUGGAAGGAUAUCCGCCCUGUGAUCGCAGACGCCCUUCAGGUUUUAGGAAAAAAUACGGAGAUCAUCCCAUUGCAAGAAUGGAUCCUCCGUGUCCGACAGGACAUCGAGCUUGUUAGCCAGGAUAAGGAAAAGUUGCGAAUUCAGCUUGCGAAGAACCCGGCUGCUAAGCUCUUAGACUUUUUCGAGGAUGUGAUGCACCAGACGGAGGCUGAGAAUGGGUUGGAUGCGAAGGAGACUGCGCUGAUGAGUCAGAAGUUACAGAUGGUGGACGCUGUGAAAGCGGAAUGGAUUCAAAAAUGGGUGAAGGAGUGGGUGCAAUAG